GCCGGUAGUUUCUAAAAUAUUCCUAGAUAUCAGUCAUUUCCAUUAGAACAUCCUUCCAGUACCUGAUGGGAAUACCAAUACAUUGAAACGUUAAAUCAACAGGAAGCUGGAGCCUAUUAUGACAUAGAUUGUAUAUUUGUAUUUGAAUGAGGUUUUCACUGUGAAUGAGUCUGUUUGAUAAAUAUGCCGCGCGCCCCGAAGUCUGUUCACUCUGAGAGUGUCAAAGUGGUGCUUCGCUGCCGACCACUCAACAACAAGGAGAUCACCAGUAGAUAUGAAAAGAUCUUGGAGAUUGAUUCAAAAAGGGGACAGAUAACGCUAAGAAAUCCAAAGAAAAAGGAUGAAGAACCGCGAGAAUACACCUUCGAUGCUGUGUAUGACAGCAACUCGACUCAGGUGGAGCUGUACGAUGAGACGUUUCGUCCGCUGGUCGACUCCGUCCUUCAGGGCUUCAACGGAACCAUAUUCGCCUACGGACAGACGGGCACCGGCAAAACGUACACCAUGGAAGGUGUUCGCGACGACCCUGAGCUGCGCGGUAUCAUCCCCCGCUCGUUUGACCACAUAUUCGGCCACAUCGAGCAGUCGGAGAACUGCCAAUACCUGGUGCGCGCCUCCUACCUGGAGAUCUACCAGGAGGAAAUACGUGACCUUCUCCACAAGGACCAGCAUCAGCGUCUGGAGCUGAAGGAGCGGCCCGACACGGGCACAUACGUCAAGGAUCUGUCGUCCUUCGUCUGCAAGUCCGUCAAGGAGAUCGAGCACGUCAUGUCGGUGGGCAACAGCAACAGAAGUGUUGGAGCAACCAACAUGAACGAGCACAGCUCGCGCUCCCACGCCAUAUUCCUGGUGACGGUCGAGUGUUCGGAGCGCGGCGCGGAUGGGGAGGACCACAUCCGAGUGGGGAAGCUGAACAUGGUGGAUCUGGCGGGCAGCGAGCGACAGGCAAAGACCGGCGCCACGGGAGAGCGUCUGAAGGAGGCGACCAAGAUCAACCUGUCGCUGUCGGCGCUGGGGAACAUCAUCUCUGCGCUGGUGGACGGCAAGUCGUCCCACAUCCCCUACCGAGACUCCAAGCUCACCCGGCUCUUCCAGGACUCUCUGGGAGGCAACGCCAAGACUGUAAUGGUGGCCAACAUCGGCCCGGCCUCCUACAACUACGACGAAACGCUGAGCACCCUGCGGUACGCCAACCGAGCCAAGAACAUCAAGAACAAGCCCAAGAUCAACGAGGACCCCAAGGACGCGCUGCUCAGGGAGUUCCAAAGCGAGAUUGAAAAACUCAAGGCCCAGCUGCGGAGUCGGGCCGGCGGCGGGGAGAAAUGGCGCCGGAGACGGGCGCGCCACGGUACCGGUACCGGCGGGACGGACGGGGCCGGCUCCGAACACGAGCUGACCCCAGAGGAGGUCCUGGAGCAGGAGCGGGCCCGCCUGGAGAUGGAGCGCAGCGCCAUCGAGAACGACCAGAGCCUCAUCGCCGAGGAGCGUGAGCGUCUGCUGGCGGAGCUGCACAGAAAGGACGAGCAGCUGGAGCGGGAGCACCAGGCGCACGAGCGGCUGGCCGACAAAAUCCAGGCCAUGGAGUCGAAACUGCUGUCGGGCGCCGGCCGGACGAUCGCCGACACGACCAACCAGCAGCAGCGGGAACUGGAGCUCAGCCGACAGCGCAUCGCCGAACAAAAGGCUCGUGAGCGGGAGAUGCUGCAGCGGCUGGAGGAGCAGGAGGGCUCCCGGCUGGACAUCCAGCAGACCUUCCAGUCGCUCCAGCAGGAGGUGGACGUCAAGACCAAGAAGCUGAAGAAGCUCUUCAACAAGCUGCAGGCGGUGAAGCGCGAGAUCGUCGAUACGUCCGAGGAAUUUCAGGUGGAGCGGCGAGAACUCGAGGAGACGCAGAACUCGCUGCUCAAGGAGCUGAAGCUCAAGUGUCUGAUCCUGGAGAACUUUGUGCCGGCCGAGGAGCGGGCCAAGCUGCUGCAGCGCGCCGUGCUGGAUGAGGACGAGGACCGUUGGCGGCUGGCGGAGCGGGGCGGACCGGCGCGCCUGGGCCGCCGACCCGUCAGUGCCGCCGGGUACCGACGCCCCGUCUCCGAGUACGCCCGGCUGGCCGGAUCUGUGCACGGAGGCACCCGAUAUAAGGGUGAGAACGUGAUGCUGCUGGAGCUGGACAUGCCGGCACGCACCACGCGCGACUACCGCGGCCCGGUGGUGGCUCCGCGCUACCAGGCCGCCCUCGAGGCGGCGCUCACACCCCAGGAGGACGAGAUCAGUGUGAACGCGGCGCCGGCGGCGGCCGAGUCCCGGUUCAGGGUCCGCGCCAGCCGCUCUGAACAGCCGGCAGCAGGGAGCAAGCCGGCGCGGCGGCGUCCGCCGUCAAAGAGUACCACCGCUGCAGCAGCGGCACCUGCCAACCACUACCCCCAGCCGCGCGGACUGGUGCCGAAAUAACAGUGCUUAUCAACAAGCCUUCCCGCUCAGUCACGGAGGGAAGUCGGAGUGCAGUGUUAGUCACCGUGGGGACGAGAGAGGUCAUAUCGCCUGGGCUGUAUGAGCGAAAAGCGCAGAGUGGGAUAGGACGUUGGUUAGCGUGCUCCUGGAAUGUUUCUGACGGAUUACGAAGGGAAGAUGUUUCUCAAGUGAUUCGUGGCAGAGUGGUGGAAGUGGAGGUCUUACACGACUUGGCGGGAUCGUCACAAGUCUUUCCGUUGAGAACCUAGAAGCGAUGGAAAUUGUGAGCGGGUGAUUCUAAGGUGUGUUAGUGAGAUUGGGAGGUGCGGCUUUGAUUGCUCCCCGGCGCAUUACAUCAUUCCAAGAGCUCGCCAGUAUCUUCAGAAACGUCUGCUGAUGAAGUGGAACAGGGACUGGCGUGAUCACACCGGAUACCGAUUUUAGCAGGUUAGCACUGCGCUCCUUUAGUGAGUCGUGACGAUCGCCAUUCCUUUAUUGUAGCGCAGUGUGUGACAGGGAUUCUGUGAAGCACAGCGAGUGAUAUGAUGGGAGAGAACUCUGAUCGGCCAUGUAUUUGGGAGUGCCGGAGUGUCGGCGUGUGGUGAGUCCAGCGUCGCUGAGUGCUCUGAGAAAACGAGGGUCGAAUGCUCAGACGGGGUGGAUGUCACGCUCAUUUAGCUCAUCCGUAAGAAAUGAAGACGGGGACAGGGUCCAUUGGUGACCUGUGAGCCGCCGAGGGUUCUCUGUACGGCCUUAUUACGCGGUAACCACUCCGCUCGCCUGCCGCGCUCGCCUGCUGCGCCGCCGCGUUUUGUACCGUGUCGUCCGCACUGUCCGCGCACCGUGCCGUGUCUGUAAUCCGCACCGCCCGCACACAGAAGGCGCUUCCGAGCUUCGCUUCCAGUCGGCGCUUCACUCAGUUCAGGGUCCCAUGCAGAGAAUCACGGCCGCAGUUGCUGCCGCGCUCAGUUCUGGCAUAAACCGCUGCAGGGAGAGUUACGGAGUGGUGCUAAUGUAAACCGCUAGUCAGGGUGGCCUUGUCGCUGCCCGCUGUGUUCCUUUCUAGUCCCGCGGAGAUAGUGCCUGGUGAACCCACUGCUGUCGUGCUCUGAUGGACCAGUCGGGUGGGUUCUAAGCUGAAUUCACGCGGCUUCGCGUGUGGCGCCUCGUGCAGGGUUCAUGUGGACGGUUUGAUGAUGGGAUACCGCUGCUCACAGAGAGUGCCCCACUGCUCGUCCACGUGCUCCUCGAGCGAUGUUGAUGAGAUACGCCCAUGAGACGGAGAUUCCGCUUUGAAACGGAGCCAAAGAUUACUGAAUAUCGCUGUUUAUUAUGUUGUGCUGGAGGUAUUGCAAUGACUGUUCUGUAAUGCGAGUCAUUGUGCAGAUGUUCUGUCUCACCCUGAGGCAAUUAUGUUACGGACAUCGGUUUGAUUAUGUUUUGAGACCGGUGUCCUCGGCCAAAUGGCAGUGCAAAUGCUACGCUGAAUUUCUUCAUGUUUCGCUUGACAGUAUUUCGCAUUUGUUGUCACUCCAGUAUAUUCUGAAGAACCAUGAAUACAUGCAUUCACACGA